CGCGGCGGUGAAGAGGCAGGAGGAGGGGGGAGGGGCGGAGCGUGGCAGCUGGCAGUAGUUCCGUCAGAGCGGACAUCUUGUGGCUGUGUCGUGCGCGUGAGCCCCGUAGGGCCGGGGAGGCACCAGCUGCCGCGCGGGGAGGAGGCCGAGGCCGCAGCUUGAGGGAGGCCCCGGCCCCUCUGCGCCUGUGUCUGGCAGAGCCGGUGUGAGACGAAGAGACAAUCCUUCCCUGCCGCCCGGAUAAUCAAGAGUUUUGGCCGGACCUUUGAGCACACACCGAGAGAGUGAGGAGCCAGACGAAAAGCACAGACUAUGGCGCUGAAACGGAUUAAUAAGGAACUUAGUGAUUUGGCCCGUGACCCUCCAGCACAAUGUUCUGCAGGUCCAGUUGGGGAUGAUAUGUUUCAUUGGCAAGCCACAAUUAUGGGACCUAAUGACAGCCCAUACCAAGGCGGUGUAUUCUUUUUGACAAUUCAUUUUCCUACAGACUACCCCUUCAAACCACCUAAGGUUGCAUUUACAACAAGAAUUUAUCAUCCAAAUAUUAACAGUAAUGGCAGCAUUUGUCUCGAUAUUCUAAGAUCACAGUGGUCUCCUGCUUUAACUAUUUCUAAAGUUCUUUUAUCCAUUUGUUCACUGCUAUGUGAUCCAAACCCAGAUGACCCCCUAGUGCCAGAGAUUGCACGGAUCUAUAAAACAGACAGAGAUAAGUACAACAGAAUAUCUCGGGAAUGGACUCAGAAGUAUGCCAUGUGAUGCUACCUUAAAGUCAGAAUAACCUGCAUUAUAGCUGGAAUAAACUUUAAAUUACUGUUCCUUUUUUGAUUUUCUUAUCCGGCUGCUCCCCUAUCAGACCUCAUCUUUUUUAAUUUUAUUUUUUGUUUACCUCCCUCCAUUCAUUCACAUGCUCAUCUGAGAAGACUUAAGUUCUUCCAGCUUUGGACAAUAACUGCUUUUAGAAACUGUAAAGUAGUUACAAGAGAACAGUUGCCCAAGAUUCAGAAUUUUUUUAAAAAUGGAGCAUGUGUAUUAUGUGGCCAAUGUCUUCACUCUAACUUGGUUAUGAGACUAAAACCAUUCCUCACUGCUCUAACAUGCUGAAGAAAUCAUCUGAGGGGGAGGGAGAUGGAUGCUCAGUUGUCACAUCAAAGGAAGCAGCAUUAUUCUAGCAUCCAGUCUUUUUUUAAGCCUUCCACUGUUAGAGAUUUGAGGUUACAUGAUAUACUUUAUGCUCAUAACUGAUGUGGCUGGAGAAUUGGUAUUGAAUUUAUAGCAUCAGCAGAACAGAAAAUGUGAUGUAUUUUAUGCAUGUCAAUAAAGGAAUGACCUGUUCUUGUUCUACAGAGAAUGGAAAUUGGAAGUCAAACACCCUUUGUAUUCCAAAAUAGGGUCUCAAACAUUUUGUAAUUCUCAUUUAAAUUGUUAGGAGGCUUGGAGCUAUUAGUUAAUCUAUCUUCCAAUACACUGUUUAAUAUAGCACUGAAUAAAUGAUGCAAGUUGUCAGUGGAUGAGUGAUCAACUAAUAGCUCUGCUAGUAACUGAUUUAUUUUUCUUCAAUAAAGUUGCAUAAACCAAUGAGUUAGCUGCCUGAAUUAAUCAGUAUGGGAAACAAUCUUUUGUAAAUGCAAAGCUGUUUUUGUAUAUACUGUUGGGAUUUGCUUCAUUGUUUGACAUCAAAUGAUGAUGUAAAGUUUAAAAGAGUGAAUAUUUUGCCAUGUUCAGUUAAAAGUGCACAGUCUGUUACAGGUUGACACAUUGAUUGACCUGAUUUAUGCAGAAUUAAUAAGCUAUUCGGAUAGUGUAGCUUUAGUAUGCUGCACGUGAUACUGGCAGCCCUGGAGUUCAUAGAUGGACUUGGGACCCAGCAGUUUUGAAACAUGUAUAUGGAGUUGAAGAAAUUUAUUUUCCAGGUGCAACCCCCAUCUAAAUUUUUUUCUUCACCUUGUACACUUGACAGCUGAAAAAACCAUAACAUGGGAGUAAUAAUGGGUCAAAAUUUACAAAAUAAAGUACUGUUUUGGUGUGGGAGUUGUCAUGAGGCUGUGUUGAAGUGACUUAACUAUGUGGGAUAUUGAAUAUCCAUUGAAAUGGAUUUGUUCAGCCAUUUACAUUAAUGAGCAUUUAAAUGCAACAAAUAUCAUUUCAGGUGACUUAACAUGAAUGAAUAAAAGUCAAUGCUAUUGGA